UUAGCAUAAGACAAGUCAAGUCUGUAACCAAGUCAGUCUCAAGUCUAAAGUAAAGUAACAAGCAUACCACAAGUCCCACAACUGCCUUAAAAUUUACGACAGUGGCUGUUCAUUUUGUCUGCUAAUAAAAGAAUGGAGCAAAGUUUUGGGAAGUCAACAGGUAAAACUAUAGAGAUUAAUGACACCACUUGUGACCAGAACCUGGCAACCCAGGGACAUAUCCAUCAAAUAGAACUAGCAGUGGCCUGAGCUUGACACCCUUGGAAACCAAUGGGAAAUAUCACAAGUGUACCACCCAGUGGUCAACUUCCAUCUGCCUACCCCGCUUUAAUGACAGCCACUAGAUAAGGAGGAGAAAGAAGGUUUUUACAUCUUCGUUGGAAAGGACCAUGGAAAUUACAUGAACAUACAAUUUACACACCAGACAUAUGUAAAUGUCUAGUCAUGAAGUGACAUAUGUUGGUGACUGCAAUGCUAAAAAGGUGAUGGUUUCUGCUGAUUAUAGAGCUGGUCUCUAGUGGAUAAAGGAGGGAGAAUGAACACUGAAGAAGUGGAGUUACUGAGUGACUCCAAAUAUAGAAACUAUGUGGCAGCCGUGGACAAGGCGCUGAAGAACUUUGAGUAUUCCAGUGAAUGGGCCGAUCUCAUAUCUGCUCUUGGGAAGCUGAACAAGGUCUUGCAAAAUAAUGCAAAGUAUCAAGUUGUCCCUAAGAAGUUAACUAUAGGAAAACGGCUGGCACAAUGUCUCCAUCCGGCAUUGCCAGGGGGUGUCCACAGGAAAGCUCUAGAAACCUACGAAAUCAUUUUCAAAAUCAUUGGACCAAAGCGAUUGGCAAAAGACCUUUUUCUGUACAGUGCUGGCCUUUUCCCUCUGCUUACAAAUGCUGCAAUGUCUGUGAAGCCAGUGUUACUUAGUCUAUAUGAGAUGUAUUACCUACCUCUGGGCAAGACCUUAAAACCUGGCCUGCAAGGACUGCUCACUGGUAUUCUUCCUGGCUUGGAGGAGGGUUCAGAAUAUUAUGACAGGACAAACACCCUCUUGGAGAAAGUGGCCUCAGCAGUGGAGCAAUCUGCCUUCUAUAGUGCUCUUUGGGGCAGUCUUCUCACCAGCCCUGCAGUACGCCUGCCUGGCAUCACCUAUGUCCUUUCCCAUCUGAAUAGGAAACUAUCAAUGGAAGACCAGCUUUACAUCAUUGGAAGUGACAUUGAAUUAAUGGUGGAGGCAGUGAGCACCUCUGUGCAGGAUUCCAGUGUGCUGGUCCAGAGAAGCACAUUAGACCUUAUCCUGUUUUGUUUUCCCUUCCACAUGAGUCAGGCAACCCGUCCUGACAUGAUUCGUAUUCUGUCCGCUGCUCUGCGUGUGGUCUUACGGAGAGAUAUGUCAUUGAAUCGAAGGUUAUAUGCCUGGCUGCUAGGAUUUGAUAACAAUGGGACCAAAAUAGGACCAAGGAGUACAAGACAAAGCAAUCCCGAGGAACAUGCUUCUUACUACUUCAAUACAUUCUCUAAGGAUCUCUUAGUACAGGCGAUGGUGGGAAUUUUACAGGGAAAAGAACUAAAUCGGGAGAAUUCACUAACGCAAGACUUAAAGCCCUUCCGUGUCCUCAUAAGCUUAUUGGACAAACCUGAACUUGGGCCUGCGAUUCUGGAAGACGUGUUAAUCGAAGUGUUCAGAACAUUGUAUACCCAAUGCAAAGCAGAGCUGGAUCUUCAAACACAAGCUCCUUUCAGUAAGGACCCUGCACAGCUGAGCAGUAAACUGCGGGAAAACAAGAGGACGGCCGAACUCAUAAAAACAGCCAACCUUUUAUUUAACUCCUUUGAGCCUUAUUAUAUGUGGGAUUACAUUGCACGCUGGUUUGAAGAAUGCUGCAGGAGGACACUACACGCCAGGCUUCAGCCUCCCUCUAGUGGUAGCAGUAAUCAGUCCGAGUUACCUCUUAUCAACUUCUGCUUGCUGGUGGAUUUCUUGCUAGACAUAGUGUCUUUGCCUACGAGAAGUAUGAGAGUGAUAUGCCAGGAGACUUAUAUUGAAAUACAGACUGAACACCUGCCUCAGCUGCUCCUCCGAAUGAUCUCUGCUCUAACCAGCCACCUCCAAACUCUGGACCUCAGAGAACUGACAGAUUCUCUAAGACUUUGCUCAAAAAUCCUCAGCAAAGUUCAACCUCCACUUCUGUCUGCAGGCACGGGAGGCACAUUCCAGCUUCCCAGUGGACAGAAUGGCUCCAGCAAUGACAAGGAGGAGAGGAAGUUGUCCCCGGUUUCUGCUGAAAAUCCAGGUGAUGUGUUUGAAGAUGGAGAAAAUCCUCCAAGCAGCCGAUCUUCAGAAAGUGGGUUUACAGAAUUUGUACAGUACCAGGAGGACAAGACAGAUGAUAUUGACAAGCUGCUGAGUGAUGGGCAAAGUGCAGCUGCUCUUCCCUUAGGUAGCACUUCAUCAGAAACGGAAACCGCAUCCACUGUAGGGUCUGAGGAGACAAUUGUACAACACCCUUGUAAGAGUCCAAAAGGGUCCGCUACCAGGACUAUGAAGGCCACACAGAAAACAGCAAUGCAGUGCUGCCUGGAGUAUUUCCAGCAAUUCCUCACUAGGUUUAUUACUCUGUACAUUCUCCCAAAGACUGCCACAACUAAAACACUCACAGCAGAACAACCAUCCGGAGGUCAGACAGAAAACCCUAAAUGGGAGACUGCCACAGAAAAUAGUACCGAAAAGAAAAUCAACAAACCUAUUUCUCCUAAAGAAUACCGUCCAGCCUUCAUUGCUGCGUGCCAGUUAUUCCUUGAAUGUUCCAGUUUUCCUGUGUACAUUGCAGAAGGCAUUCACCCUGCAGACGUCCAUUCUGAUAAAGGAGAAGGGGAUUGUGAGAAGGUUCAGCCACCAAUGUGGCUUCAGACUCUCAUGAACGCAUGCAGUGCUGCGGUUGACUUCAGCAUACAGAGUGUGGCCAUUUCUCUUGUUAUGGACCUGGUGGGCUUAACUCAAUCUGUGGCCAUUGUAACAGGCGAAAAUGCGAACAGCCCAGAAGCUUCUCAACCCUUGAGCCCAAACCAAGGCAGAGUGUCUGUUGUUAUCCGACCUCCCCUCACAGAGGGCAAUUUGAGGUAUAUGGUGGAGAAAAUGGAUUUCUUUAAGAAUGUGGCUAUAACACUGUGGCAACAGUUUGGUGACCAGACCCCACAGCACCAUCAGAGGAGUGUGGAGCUCUUCUAUCAACUGCACAACCUGGUCCCAUCUUCUAGUAUAUGUGAAGAUGUCAUCAGCCAGCAGCUGACUCACAAGGAUAAGAAAAUUAGAAUGGAGGCUCAUAGUAGAUUUGCAGUCCUGUGGCACCUCACCAGAGACCUUCACAUCAACAAGUCAUCAUCCUAUGGCCGGACUUUUGACAGGUCACUGUUUAUUAUGUUGGACAGCCUGAAUAGCCUAGAUGGCUGCACAUCUUCUGUGGGUCAGGCCUGGUUACAUCAAGUACUACAGAGACAUGAUAUUGCUAGAGUCCUGGAACCACUCUUACUCCUCCUUCUUCAUCCUAAAACCCAGCGUGUGUCUGUGCAGCGAGUCCAGGCUGAAAGACAUUGGAGUAAAUCAAUUCGACAUAUGGAAGAAAGCAGGAAAGCCUUCAGCAAGGCAUCUCUCAAUAAUGAUGCUUUUCCCAGCACACGGCUAUGUUCUGGGAUCACGUCUAAACAGGUUCUCAUGGAUGAGAUGGAGAACUUCAGCCUUACAGUGAACCCUUUGAGUGACCGACUUUCCCUCCUGAGCACAAGCAGUGAGACUAUCCCAAUGGGAAUAUCUGACUUUGAGCUUCCCGAUCAGCAGAUAGAAAUCCUGCAAAGCUCAGAUUCUGGUUGUUCACAGUCUUCAGUUGGAGAUGAGGUGGAUGCUGAGAGUUUAACUGCUCAGGAAAACUGUCCAAACUCUAGAGAGGACUCUGUCGAGGACAUAGUUCAGCAGGUUCUUUCUGACUUAAUUUACAAUGUUCUUAGAAAUGUGGAAGAAGAUCCUGAAUCAAAUGACUCAGAUGCCGAACCGAUAGAUACAUGUGAUAGAAUAAAUACAUGCACCUCUGUAGUAGCUGAAGCUCCCAAUAUUGAGGAGGAAGUACCUCAAGGGAAUGAAAAUAACCUCUCGGUCAGGGAUCCGUCUAAUUUCCUGUCUGUGUCAGCAGAGGCAGGCAUUGAAAGCUUGGCAAACGCCAUAACCAGAAACUUAUCUUCUCCAUCCAUUAUGGCUCAGCAAAUGCCUCUAGAAUUUAGCUCCAGCAUGGGGCGGGGAGAACACCGAAAACGGAGUCACAGCAGCAUUCAGUUUAACUUUAAAGGUAAAAUUGCAGAAAAGGACCAAAUUGGUAAAGAAAGGGGCAGCAAGACAACCGGGACAAAACCUAAAGUAAAAAUGCCCAGAAGGAAAGAUGAAGACAAGAAAAAAGCACAAAGUGAGAAGUUGAAGCAGACAAAUGUCUUUUUUAGUGAUGGAUUAGAUUUGGAGAAUUGGUACAGCUGCGGAGAGGGUGAAAUCUCCGAAAUUGAAAGUGACGUGGGAUCUCCCAGCAUCCACAAAUCCCCCCAUUUUAACAUCCACCCUCUUUACCAGCAUGUGCUCUUGUACCUCCAGUUAUAUGACUCCUCAAGGACAUUAUAUACUUUAUCCGCUAUAAAAGCCAUGCUGAAAACCUGCCCAACUGUAUUUGUUAGUGCUAUAUCCACCACCAGUGUGAAUAAUGCAUACACUCCUCAGCUAUCUUUACUCCAAAAUCUUUUAGCAAGGCAUCGGAUAUCUGUGAUGGGGAAAGACUUUUAUAGCAACAUUCCUCUAGACUCCAACCACAAUUUCCGAAGCUCCAUGUAUAUAGAGAUUCUUAUUUCUUUAUGUUUGUAUUUCAUGAGAAGCCAUUACCCUACUCAUGUGAAAGUCUCACAGCAAGAUCUUAUGGGCAACCGCAACAUGCAGAUGAUGAGUGUCGAAAUUUUGACCCUGCUGUUUACAGAGUUGGCAAAGGUCAUUGAGAGCUCUGCCAAGGGCUUUGCCAGCUUUAUCUCAGAUAUGUUAUCCAAAUGCAAGGUUCAGAAAGUGAUCCUCCACUGCUUACUAUCGUCAAUAUUCAGUGCUCAGAAGUGGCAUAGCGAGCGCAUGGCCGAGAAGAACAUAAUGGCCAUCGAAGAAGGCUUUUCUGAAGACAAUCUCAUCAAUUUUUCGGAAGAUGAAUUGGACAAUGGCAGUACGCUACAGUCUCAAUUAUUAAAGGUCCUUCAAGGUCUUAUUGUCCUGGAGCAUCGUGUCCUGACUGUUCCUGAAGACAAUGAGGCAGGCUUUGAUUUUGUAAUAACUGAUCUGGACCACAUAAACCCUCAGCAGCCUAUGACCUCCUUACAAUAUAUGCACUCACAGCCUAUCACAUGCCAGGGAAUGUUCCUGUGUGCAGUGAUCAGGGCUCUACACCAGCACUAUGCAUGUAAGAUGCACCCGCAAUGGAUUGGACUCAUAACAUCCACCUUGCCAUACAUGGGGAAGGUGUUGCAGAGAGUCGUAGUUUCAGUGACUUUACAGCUUUGCAGAAACCUUGAUAACUUAAUUCAACAAUACAAGUAUGAAACCGGAUUAUCUGACAACAGGCCUCUUUGGAUGGCAUCAUUCAUCCCACCGGAUAUGAUACUUACUCUGUUGGAAGGCAUUACCACUAUUAUUCACUACUGCCUGCUUGACCCUUCUGCGCAGUACCACCAGCUUAUGGUCAAUGUAGAUCAGAAACAUUUGCUUGAAGCACGCAGUGGAAUCCUUUCUAUAUUUCAUUUAAUAAUGUCAUCGGUCACUCUGCUUUGGAGUAUUUUGCAUCAAGCUGAUUCUUCUGAGAAGAACUUUGCAGCAGCGGCCGCCUCAGUCACUACUAUCAACCUUGGCUCCACUAAGAACUUAAGACAACAAAUCCUGGAGCUGCUAGGACCUAUUUCUAUGAAUCAUGGGGUUCAUUUUAUGGCAGCCAUCGCUUUUGUAUGGAAUGAAAGAAGACGAAACCAAAACUCUGCUCGUACAAAGGUUAUUCCUGUAGCAAGUGAAGAGCAACUUCUCCUUGUGGAGCUGGUUCGUUCAAUCAGUGUUAUGAGGACAGAGACCGUCAUUCAGACAGUGAAGGAAGUGUUAAAACAGCCUCCUGCUAUAGCUAAAGACAAGAAACAUCUUUCCCUUGAGGUCUGCAUGUUACAGUUCUUUUAUGCAUAUGUACAGAGGAUUCCGGUGUCUAAUCUUGUGGACAGCUGGGCUUCUUUUCUUGCUCUUCUGAAAGAGUCCAUCCAGCUGAACCUCCCAGCCCCUGGUCAAUUCCUGAUACUUGGGGUUUUGAAUGAGUUUAUUAUGAAGAACCCCACACUAGAUAACAAGAAAGACCAGAGGGAUCUCCAGGAUGUUACUCAUAAGAUUGUAGAUGCCAUUGGUAUAAUAGCAGGAUCAUCAUUGGAGCAAACAACCUGGUUAAGAAGAAAUUUGGAAGUGAAACCUUCUCCUAAGAUAACUGUAGAUGGACCUUCCCUGGAAUCUGAUGUAGAAGACAUUAUGCUGUCUCCAGCUAUUGAGAUCUCCCAUAUCACCCCUUCAGUAUACAGUGUACAUGCUCUCACUUUACUAGCUGAGGUUCUUGCUCAUUUGCUGGAUAUGGUGUUCUACAGCGAUGAAAAAGAGAAGGUUAUCCCAUUACUUGUCAAUAUAAUGCAUUAUGUGGUACCCUAUUUACGGAACCACAGCGCUCAUAAUGCUCCCAGUUAUCGAGCCUGUGUGCAGCUAUUGAGCAGCCUCAGUGGUUAUCAGUACACCAGACGCACAUGGAAGAAGGAAGCCUUUGAUCUCUUCAUGGAUCACAACUUUUUUCAAAUGGAUGGCUCCUGUGUUAGUCACUGGAGGGCCAUUAUGGACCAUCUGAUGACACAUGACAAAACCACAUUCCGGGAUCUAAUGACUCGUGUAGCUGUUGCUCAGAGUAGUUCUCUCAGUCUAUUCACUAACCGGGAUGCUGAGCUGGAGCAGCGAGCAAUGCUGUUGAAGAGACUGGCCUUUGCCAUCUUCAGCAGUGAAAUUGACCAGUACCAGAAGUUCCUACCUGAUAUACAAGAAAGGCUAGUGGAGAGCUUACGGUUGCCACAAGUGCCCACCCUACAUUCCCAGGUAUUCCUGUUUUUCCGAGUUCUGCUGCUGAGAAUGUCCCCUCAACACCUCACCUCAUUGUGGCCAACUAUGAUCACGGAACUGGUACAAGUCUUUUUGUUAAUGGAGCAGGAACUUACAGCAGAUGAAGAUAUCACCCGGACAUCUGGACCUUCUGUAGCUGGUUUGGAGACAACAUACACUGGUGGGAAUGGAUUCUCCACAUCAUACAACAGCCAGCGGUGGUUAAACCUCUAUCUGUCAGCGUGUAAAUUUCUUGACCUAGCCCUGGCAUUACCGUCUGAUAAUCUGCCCCAGUUUCAGAUGUAUCGCUGGGCAUUUAUCCCAGAAGCAUCAGAUGAUUCAGGGUUAGAAGUUCGAAGGCAAGGAACACAUCAAAGAGAAUUCAAACCAUAUGUGGUUCGAUUGGCAAAACUUUUAAGGAAAAGAGCCAAGAAAAAUCCAGAAGAUGACAGCUCAGGUAGAAUAUUGGACUGGGACCCUGGACAUUUACUGCUCACAAUCUCCACCAUCCGCAGCAUGGAGCAGCUUCUGCCUUUUUUCAAUGUACUCAGUCAAGUCUUCAAUAGCAAAGUCACAAGCAGAUGUGUUGGAGAUUCAGGGAGCCCGAUUCUAUAUCCAAAUUCUUUUCCCAACAAAGAUAACAAACUGGAGAACCAAAAACUGUUUUCCAGCAAAGCCAGACAGAAGAUUGAGGAGAUGCUGGAGAGAGAUUUUCUGGAAGGAGUGCUGAAGAGCUGAUGUGCUCACUACUGAAUUUACUGACAUUUUCCAGCUGUACAUAGACUUUUUUACUCUGUAUGUAUUGUAACAAAUCGGCUUCUUACUUAUGUUUUGACUCUUAUUUAAGUUAAAUCUUUUUACCUGUAAAUAAAAGUGAGAAUCCUGGAUGUGAA